AUGGGACUUGGCAGUCGAUCUAUCGAAAAAUGGCAAUUGGCAAUCGCACGUUGGAAAUCAAAGACGAAAUCAAAGUCUGCAGCAAUGAAAAUUGCAAUACAAAAAACCGGUGGAGGUCCCAGCAAAACCCCUCAGUUAAAUCCCAUCGAAGAGAGAUUGAUGUGUUUGUUGGGUUGGAAAUCGGUCACUGGGGAUGAAAAUAUAGAGAUAGGGCUGAAAUUACCUGUGGCAGAGAGAAAACUCGCCAGAGACAAAACGCCAGUUCAGAAUGAGGUAGAGGUCCUCAGAGAUGGAACAAAAUCUCCUCCACCAUUAGUUGCUAUUAAUGAACCACAAAAAGUUGUUAGAGCACCAGUGGUGAAAGCGAUACCACCACAAAGAAGAAAAGCUGUGAGUGUUAGAACAACAACAGAAAAAAGUAAAAAAUUUGUGUCAAUGAAUAGAAUGCACACAGAACACAUGGAGAAACUAGUGAAAAUUGAGCAAUAUACUUCAGUUAUGUCACAGGCACUUCUUUCUAUCAGCCAGGAUUUCAAAAGGCUUGUUGAUAGCGCAACUGACAAAAACUGAAGAGAAAAUUCUAUUAAAAUGUUCCUGUUGAUAGGUUAUUUUUUUUGUUAUUAGGUAUCUAAUCGUAAUGUAAAUGUACUGUUGCUUAAUUUCUGAAUUUGGUGAUUUUUU